AUGCCGAUAGCCAUGCUAAAAGUCCCGUCACCUCCACCAGUCCAGGGAGCUGCGGGGAGAGGGCUAAAAUUGGUGUAUGCACAAAUAGUUAAAAUCAGCAAGUUCUGCGAUGCAGAAGCCCACGUGCAGACGUCCCUUCACUUAGCUGUUUUCCAGGCGUAUCAGCCGGCUCCACUGCACGGCUCCACUGCACGGCUCCACUGCACGGCCCCUCUGCACGGCCCCUCUGCACGGCCCCUCUGCACGGCUCCACUGCACGGCUCCACUGCACGGCUCCAAUGCACGGCUCCACUGCACGGCCCCUCUGCACGGCCCCUCUGCACGGCCCCUCUGCACGGCUCCACUGCACGGCUCCACUGCACAGCGCUCUGUCAACCUUUUGUUCCCCGCUGGUGCUGGGGGGUCUGGUGUCAGUCUAAUCCAGUGUCCACGGUCCACACGCGCACCGGUGACACUGACUCUGCUUCCUGGCCCUGCCUCUUAACAAUCAUUCCGUCACACCACACCACUGGGGAAAGUUUCUGA